UUUAUCCUCUGAAACGUUAUUAAAAAAAUUAUUCAAAAUUCCGAAAAAUCCGAGAAAAACCCCCAAAACAUCGACACGUACAGCGUCGUCAAUAGCUGGAGGCGGUGGUGGCAGCAGUAAAAUGGCUUCAAAAAGAAAAGCCUCUGUGCUUUUGCAUAAGCCAGCCAGCCAGGAUGGCUCAAAUGAAAUCAUACCGCCAACCAUACCCACGCCCAGCGAAACCACCAACUCAUCCGAUACCAAUACGGAACCGGAUGCCUAUGCUGGUCUCAUGAAAGAUGCCGACAAACUGAAACUCAUGCUGUUGGCCUGGAACUAUCAAAAUUCCAAUGCGGUACGCAAUGGAACCGAGGGACCCGAUUUGGGAGUUGUAGGUGGCCUAUGGGCCCAAUAUCAAAAUGCUUUGGCACAAAGUGCAGCAGCCUCCAGUAAUAAAUUAGAUGCGUCGCUGUCACCCGUGCCCAGAGACACAAAUCCCUCGCCCAUGGAAACUCAGGACGAGACAAAUUCAUCGGGCCAGAAAGAAGAGGAUGAGGGUUCAGAGGAUGAUUCGGAUGAUAAAAUCGAUGAGAAAUUAUCGAAUACCCAUGACCCGGAAAGAUUAAAGGCUUUUAAUAUGUUUGUGCGUUUAUUUGUGGACGAAAAUUUAGAUCGCAUAGUACCCAUUUCCAAACAGCCCAAGGAGAAAAUCCAAGCCAUUAUAGACUCGUGUGCCCGUCAAUUUCCCGAAUUUAGUGAUCGCUCUCGCAAACGUAUACGCACAUAUUUAAAGUCUUGCCGACGCAAUAAGAAAACCAGAGAUGGCUGGGAAAAUACGACCCGCCCCACACCAGCCCAUCUGACAUCUGUACAAGCCGAACAAAUCCUGGCCAUUGCUUGCGAGAACGAAUCCCUUAAUGCCAAACGCAUGCGCAUUGGCUUAGAACCCAUCACCCAUGCCAUACCCGCUCCUGGUUCAGCGGUAGCAGCUGCUGCCGCCGCUGCUGCUGCAGCAGCCGCCGCCGUAGCGGCCACAACUAGUUCGGCCGCCUCUAUUGGAGGCGCCAGCACUUCGUCCACCGUUACUUCAGCCUCUGCCAAUGAUGGCUCUAACGCCGCCACUUCUGCUGCUUUACCUUUUGCCACCGGCACGGCUUUUGCCCGUUCCACACCCAAUUCAGAGACUGCCGAACCGUUGUCUUUGACACCGGCCGCUGCAGUUGCUGCUGCUGCCGCCGCUGCGGUGGCCGCCUCCUCUAGUGCCGGCAGUGGUGGCAUCAAUUCGAAUCGCAGUUCUCCCUUAGCUUUAAGUUCGAAUGCCAGUGCUUCGGGUAUGGAAAUUAAACCGUUGGCCACGGUGUUGGCCAAUGGCAAUAGUGGCGCCAAUGGCACGGCUGCGGGUUUAACUGGUAUGCCGGCCACAAGUCCUCUCUAUAGACCAACCGAUUUUACAUCGCCCAGUGCCGCCUCACCAUUUGUGGCAGCGGCGGCGGCUGCUGUGGCGGGUCGUACGCCAACAUAUCCAACCUAUUUUCCGGGUGUUGGCACUUUAGGAAAUGUUACACCUACCGACCUUUCCAUGAAGCCUUCCUCCUCCACCAUCAACACACCCAUCACCUCAACCACCGUCAGCAAUUUGAAUACCAACAACAACAAUGGCAACAAUAUUAACACCCUGGCAGCCCUAAAUCAACUGCAAGUCAAUACAAAUCUAAACAAUGGCAAUGUGAACAAUAAUAAUGUACUGGCCACAGCCACCCAACAGCUACAACAAUUGCAGCAGCAGGCCCAACAGCAGCAGCAGCAGCAACAACAACAACAGCAGCAACAACAGCAACAGCAGCAACAACAACAACAGCAGCAACAGCAACAACAGCAGCAGCAACAACAACAGCAACUGCAACAGCCCAUUUUAGCCAAUUUAAGUAACAACAACAUGGACAUGAAUGCUGUGCGAGCACCACCCUUGUUGCCCCACAAAUUGAGUCCCAAUGAAAUAACGGCUGCGCGCCAAGUGAUCUCGGCCUAUCGAGAAAGUGCUGCUUUCCUGCUGCGCACUGCAGACCAAGUAGAGCAACUGCUGGUGCAGCAACAGUAAGUGUGGGUUUUAUCCAAGUGGAUGGAGGAGGUCUGGCUCAUGAAUA